UUGUGUUGUGUAGACAUAUUGGAUCGAGUGGUCGCAGCCUCUGUCAUGCUUCAACAGCGGGUUAGAGGACGCACUGUAUCUCGUUCCAAUAUGGCUGCUGCUAUAACAGACUUCACUUCGUCUCCUCUCUUGUGUUUUCUGGAUGCUUGAUGCUGACUUUUGUGCUUCAUCUAGCUUUACGGUACCUUUCCGAAGCACCAAUUCAUCGACAGAAAGUGUGAGCGGCCGCACCGAAGACAACAUCGAUACUACUUUCUCCCCAGGAGGAUGGUCCGGCACAUUUAAAGGAGCGACAGAUUACUUUCCAAAUUCAACCCGAAAGGCAUCACCCAGACGUGCCAAUUCAAAGUCUGGUUUUGCCCCUGCCAGCGCUGGUUCACGAAAGGGAAGCGUUCCGACAUCCGCACAUGGCCCAGAUGGAGUUACACCGACUAGCUCGACGCUGGAAACCCCGGGGGGAACCAAAUUCAGCAUGGAGCAAUGGCAGAAAGCUUUCCAAGACGGUAGCUGGGUGAUCCCUCCACCACCAUCACGACCUCCCAAAAAUCUGGCAACAGACCGUGGCCCGGGAUACGACCCAAAUCAGGCUCCAUCCCACACCCAAGGCACUAAGGAGGAUCCUCACGUCGUCACCGACAGUAGUAGUGAUCACACCGGUGAUGACGUCAACCGUCGUGCCCGCGCCGCUCAUCCGAGUGCAGAUGCGGACGCGAUGGAUAUUGAUACACCUCCGCCGGCCAGCACAAGGCCCGCAGAGUCAACAAGUGCAUCCGAUUCUGCUCCAGAGCCACGCCUAUACUCUGUUCCCCCAUCUGUAUGGCGACAGCAACAGUCUGCGCAUUCUCGGGAAUCACAAAAAACAUCGCCUCAACCACCAUCACAGAAAGUAACCACAGAUGCUGACCUCUCGGCAUCCUUGCACGAUCUUUCAAAUGUCGAACCAAUUGGAAACCCCGGUACGACAGGCGAUCGGGGUCCCGGUCUACAGAAUCUGAAUGAAUUAGGCACCAACCUACCAUUCCAAUCACAAGCUUCGUCGGUUCCCCCUAUUUCCAUCACCAAGCAGCAACAACAACAACCGUCACCUUUCGAACCGCAGAGGUUGCACACACCGGCUGUUCCCUCAGCACCAGAACCACCCACGCGGCUCAGCCAGACAUCUUGGCACGCGCACGCCGCGGCCUUUGCCAAAUACCUCGAGGCCUUCCACGCCUUCAGCAAAACUCUCCUGACGCACUUCGACGCUCGCGAACAGCAAGCCCAGGCGCGCAUGCACACCGGCACAAUCUGGCUCGAGGCCGUCGGCGAUGGUGGCACAGCCAGAUCCGUUGGUUUCGGCCACUAUCUGCAGGGCGUUCGCGAGGACGAGGCCGUGAGGGAGACUUGGAGGGUCGGCUGUGAGAGACAUGCUGAGGCUGUGAAGGAAUUCGAUCGCUUGCGCGGGAGGGUGGCUCAGUUGAUAAGUGCUGGGACGUUCGCUGAUAGUUGAGUUGUAUGGAAGGGAAUUGUCACUUUGAAAUUUUUGCGUGAGGGUUAGCUCAAACGGCACCUCGGUUGGG